AUGUCUUCCAGCGUGGAAGCAGCGUGGCUGGAGUGUCUACGAAUAAUUGCAAAGGAGACAGGGUUCAGUGUCGAUGAUAUCGAUGAAGAGGAUGAAUUUACCACGGAUCUUGGUGUCAACCCGAUUGUCGCACGGUCAAUUAUACGUUCUUUCGAAACUUUAUUGAAACGCGACCUUCCUUCGACGGUUUUUUCCCAGUGCCCAAGUAUCAAGGAGUUUCGCGAAAGAUACUUUCAGUCAUGCAUUGAUAGUCUUACGGAGCCAAAAGAGGAGCCGGUGGUUAAGAAAAUUACAACAGUGCAGGAAGGAAAUCAAAAGACAAUGACGAAAACUAGUCAUACGCGAUCUCGGAUUCCAAUCUCUAUUGUGCUCCAAGGCAAGCCAGCGACGGACUGUACAGAGAAGACCAACAUAUUUCUUCUGCCUGAUGGCAGUGGUUCCGGUAUGGCUUAUGUGGAAAUGCCACUCAUCGACCCUUCCACUGUCUGUAUUAUCGCGUUAAAUAGCCCCUACCUCAACCGCGCCUCGGAGUACUGUUGCUCGAUCGAAGAAGUUGCAAGAGAAUACGUCCAGGAGAUUCGCAAACGCCAACCUCAUGGUCCUUACGUGCUUGGGGGCUGGUCUGCCGGCGGUUAUUACUCGUAUGAAGUGGCGUGUGAACUUAUCCGCCAAGGUGAACGUGUGCGAAAGCUCAUCUUGCUUGACUCUCCUUGUCGCCCCGAUUUCGAGGAGCUUCCAAUGGAAGUGGUGCAGUAUUUAUCUGAAAAGAACCUAAUGGGAAAUUGGGACCGCAGUGGUCGGCCUACGAAUGUGCCUUCUUGGGUUAUAGAGCAUUUCCGCUCAACUCUUCGGGCGGUGCGUGAGUAUGUACCGGUGCCUAUGGACGCUUCUGAUGCCCCGGGCGAGGUUUGCAUCAUCUGGAGUCGAGAAGGGGUAAUGCCAACAAAUCAGCUUCAACAAACAGGAUUGGAUCUUCGUAUCCGCGUCGCGCGGUUUCUUCUGGAAGGAAAGCCCGACCUUGCCAGUCCAUACGGAUGGGACCGUCUUUUUCCCGGAGCGCAUAUCAGCAUUUCUUCUAUUUCAGGUAAUCACUUCACCCUUAUUAACAAACCCAAUGUAAGCGUCUGCUCCUUUCGCAACACUAAAGUCACGUCUUCCAUUUUCUACGAAAUGUUUUAUAGCCGGCUGUUGUCAUUUUUCGGCAUUUCUUCAAAAAAGAACAAAUCAGUUGAUAAAUCAAUCACCGAUCAAAAGAAAACGACAACAUCAAACAUGGCUUUGGAUUUCGACUACAUCAUUGUUGGCGGAGGCACUGCAGGCUGUGUUCUCGCAAGCCGCCUCUCUGAAUACCUACCGGAUGCCUCUAUUCUACUGGUCGAAGCCGGUGUUGAGCAGGACCCUCGCGUGAAACCGACGCUUGGGCUAACUGGCCAAGCAGCGAACGAGAUCAAAUGGAACAUACAAAGCGCCCCUCAAUCUGCUGUUGGCAACAAAACUAUCGAUCUAGUGCAGGGUAAAGUGCUUGGAGGCACCUCCGGUAUCAACCACCAAGUAUGGUCCCGCGGUGCAGCUGGAGACUUUAAUCGCUGGGCCGUAGAAGUUGGCGAUCCACGAUGGUCAUGGGAUGGACAGCUCCCCUUUUUCAAGAACACCGAAACAUUCCAUCCAGGGACUGAGCUGCAGGGCGAAGAUUUAAGCGCACUUCAUGGCUUUAAAGGACCUAUCAAGGUGUCUCAAACUUCGUCCUGUGGACGUCCACGCAACUACCCGCUAAAAGGAGCCAUUGCUUCCAUGUACAAGAGUUCUGGUGUAUCCCAGGGUAAAGAUUUGAAUUCUGGAAAUAUCCUAGGUUUCAGUGAAGCAACGGCCGGUUCCUACGACGGCAUCCGACAAUGGGCUGGAGGCAACUACAAAUUCGGUCCCAACGUGACUUUGUGGACGGAAACCCAUGUAUCGAAAAUCCUUUCACAGGGUUCUCGUGCCACUGGGAUUGAAUAUGUGCGGCCUGUUACAGCCACGAGUGGCUCAGUGACAGCUAAGAAAGAAGUUAUCGUCUCAAGCGGUGCUCAAGGCUCGCCGAAGCUUCUGUUGCUGAGUGGAAUUGGGCCCUCAGUAGAGCUACAAAAGCACAGCAUUCGACAAGUAGUCGAACUCCCUGUGGGAGAAAACUACAGCGAUCACCCGAUGAUGGCAACAUACUGGAACCUAGAAAAACGAGGUCUGGCUCUUGGUGACGUUCAAAUGCGCUCGGCUGAAUGCGAUUGGACUUCUGGUUUGCCGGUUGAUUGGAUGGCAUUCCACCGUCACGAUAAUGAUCCAGAAAUUGCUUCCUUAGCUGAGAGCCAAUUGACCUCCAAUGAAUUAGAGCGCUUUCAGGAGCAAAACAGGGCUCACACUGAGUCUGUGGUAUUAUACGGUCAUAUCGACUUCUCGGGCAAGGCGGGGCCUCCGCCUCUAGGAUCCAACGUGUGUGUAAUGAACAUUCUAGUGACCCCAUCAUCUAGGGGAGCAGUGACGCUCAAAUCUACCGAUCCAUUCGAUGCACCUGUGUGUGACCCAAAUAUGUUAUCUAACGAACUCGAUAAGCAGCUCCUAUGGUCUGUCGCUCGUUUGACAAGCCAGGGCCUGGAGCGAACUAUCGCUCCAGAGUACGGACUUUCUGAGUAUGCCGUUGACGAUGACCUACGCGGUGACUACGGCGAUGAGGCCAUGAUGCGACGUGCCAUCCGAAUUGUCCGCACAGUGAACCAUGGAAGCGGUACAUGCUCAAUGGGCACCGUCGUUGAUACAGAGUGUCGAGUAAAGGGAGUUGAGAGCUUGCGAGUAAUCGACUCCAGUGUCAUUCCUCUUCCACUUUGUGCGCACUACCAGGCCUCUGUGUACGCAUUAGCAGAACAGUUAGCGAAACGGGAUAUAACAUCUGGGCAAGCUAUUAUUAUUAGUCCAACUGGCGUGACCACUAGCUCAGAGAUCCAGGAUCAGACAGAGCAGUAUCUGCUCCUAUAUGGAGAUCAGACGGUAGAGAAGCUGCCUGCUGUUCGGGCUCUUGUAGAAUAUGCUCAGGGGUCCCCGGCUGGCCGCCGCUUUCUCCGCGAUGCAUGCGAUAUCAUUCAAAUGGAAAUAUUCAACCUUGAGAUAGACGAGAGAGCUCAUGUCGGUUAUUUCGAUACUCUGCUGCAGCUUGCAGAAAGUAAUGCUCAGACCGACCAGCCCAGCGAGAUUGUGGCUACGAUUCUCAUGAACGUCACACGACUCGGCGAAUUGAUUCUUUAUGCUGAAGAACGACCAAACAUCUUGGGUUCUAUAGAGCAACCCACACAUAUUGUGGCCUUUUGCACAGGGGAGAUUCCGGCAGCUGUGGCAGCAGCCGCACGAGAUAGCGUUGAAUUACACAAUUUGUCAAUUGAGACAGUUCGUGUAAUAUGUCGUUUCGCACGGAACAUCAUCCGCCGGUCAGUCCUGGUGGACAGGACUAAUGGUAGCUGGGCGACCACCAUCGUUGGUGUCUCGCUCGAGAGAGUACAGACCAUACUUGACACUUUUCACCAGAGUCAGAAUAUUGCUCCCACGCGGAAGAUCAACGUCGGUAUCAUGGCAACGGGUUGGUUAACACUUUUCGGACCUCCCAUCACUACGGAGCAACUAUUCAAGUGGUCCAAGGAGCUUGAUCAGGCAUCUCGCAUUAAGACAGAUGCUGGCGGUGGUGUUCAUCUUCCCAAUCUCCCCGAGCUGGACUUGGAUGAGGUUGUGGGAUCAUCGCCUGUUUUAGAUGUCCCAAUUACACCCAAGGCAAUGCUUUGGUCACCGUACAGUUGCAAGGUUCGCAACGCAGUAACCCUAAGAGAUUUGAUUCGUCAGGUCAUCCCAGAUAUCACCCAAUCUUCGCUACACCUAAGCGAUACCAUAGACAAGGCUGUUAAAGGAUUAGGCCAGGGAUCAGUCAAACUUGUCUGUGUUGGAUACACCCCCCAUCUAACAUCACUGCAGAAAUCACUACAGGGCGAGAGACGCGAGGCCGCCGUCGUACAACACUUUAGUGUAGAUUCGUCCUCAUUCACGUCCCCACGUGGAGGCUCCGAUUCCAUUGCCAUUGUGGGAAUGUCUGGAAGAUUUCCUGGAAGCGAUAAUAUACAGGAAUACUGGAAAUCACUAUUGGAUGCAGAAAGGCAUAUUAAGGAGAUCCCCAAAACCCGGUUCGACUUGAACAAAUGGUUCGAUGAGACGGGAAAACAGAAAAAUGCCACAAUGAAUCGCUCGGGAGCAUUUCUAGAUCGUCCGGGAUAUUUUGAUAACCGGUUGUUCAACAUGUCCCCUCGGGAAGCCCUUCAGACGGAUCCUCUUCAUCGUAUAUUCCUCACCGUGAGUUACGAGGCCCUCGAGAUGGCAGGUUAUUCUCCAGAGGCAACAUUGGCAACGAACAGCAACCGCAUAGCAACUUAUUUUGGCCAAACAUCAGAUGAUUGGAGAGAUAUUGUCCUUACCCAGGGCGUAGAUAUAUACUACGCGCCAGGAGUUUGCCGUGCCUUUGCACCCGGUCGUGUCAACUAUCACUUCAAAUGGGGAGGGCCAUCAUAUAGUGUCGAUGCGGCCUGCGCAUCGAGCAUCGCCACAAUAUCCCUAGCCUGUUCUGCGUUGCUGGCCCGCGAAUGCGACACCGCCCUCGCAGGUGGAGGCUCCAUUCUUGAUUCUCCAGCACCAUUUUCUGGAUUAAGCCGCGGUGGUUUCCUUUCCCCAGAGAAAGGAUGUGAAACUUUCCAUGACGAUGCUGAUGGUUACGUGCGUGGCGAAGGCGUCGGUGUCGUUGUUCUUAAGCGACUCGAAGAUGCUGUUGCGGAUAAUGACAACAUUCUGGGUGUCGUCCGUGGCUCAGCAAGGAAUUAUAGUAAGGGAGCAUCUUCUAUCACGCAUCCAUCUUCAGAAGCCCAGGAACGUCUCUACCGGCAGAUUUUAUAUCAGAGCGCUAUAGACCCGGCGAGUGUUUCCUACGUGGAAAUGCACGGAACCGGUACACAGGCCGGUGAUUUCACGGAGAUGUCUUCGGUAUUGUCUACAUUUGGCCAGUAUCGCUCAAAGGACAAUCCCUUAGUUGUAGGUGCCGUAAAGGCGAACAUUGGUCAUGGAGAAGCUGCUGCUGGUGUUUGUGCCCUCAUAAAGACCUUGAUGAUGUUUCAAAACCACACUAUCCCACCGCAACCCGGAAUGCCUUUUAAACGUAAUCAUCGUUUCCCGGACUUGGAGAAGAUGAACAUUCAUAUACCCACAACUGCAAUUCCGCUCCCCGGUGCUGGCAAUGCCUCCAAGCGACGGAUCUUUCUGAACAGUUUCGAUGCCUCGGGGGGUAACUCUUGCCUUCUACUAGAGGAGGCGCCUAUAAAGCACUCCAAAGCUGCUGAUCCUCGAAACCAUCACGUUCUGACCUUCUCUGCUCGGACUCCGUUCUCUCUACGGGCAAUUAAAGAAAAGUACCUCCAAUAUAUUCGGGUCAAUCCGACUACGUUGUUGGCAGAUCUUGCUUACACCAUGACUGCACGCCGCAUGCACCAAAGCUCUGCCCGGUCGACUUUCACAGCUACGACCAUCGAAGAUUUUGUCAAUAAGCUUGAAAUUGAUUUGAAGAAAGAAGAUGCUCCUGUCAAAAAAGGCCGGGGAGCUUCUACUGUGCCAAACAUUGUAUUUGCUUUCACUGGUCAGGGAUCCCAGUAUGCAGGGAUGGCUCACCAACUCUGGCGUGACAGUACGGUAUUUCGGCGACUAAUAGAGUCGAUCCAAUCCAUAGCCACUGCUUUGGAGUUGCCUAAGUUUAUUGACCUAAUUCAUUCCGAAAACUUCGACUUGUCUGAAGCGAGCCCAGUUAAGACGCAACUAGCUAUAGUGGCAGUUGAAAUUGGACUCGCUCAGCUAUGGGCAUCAUGGGGAGUCCGACCAAGUCUUGUCAUUGGCCACAGUUUGGGAGAGUAUGCUGCUUUAUGCAUAUCAGGUGUUCUGACAGUCAGUGAUACCCUAUACCUAGUGGGCAAAAGAGCAAUGAUUUUGGUUCAGUCUGUCGCGCAAAAUGAAUACGCCAUGCUGGCAAUCAAUGACGAAGUUGGUGUUAUUCGCCAGCUCCUCGCAUCACGCACAUAUGAUACAUGUGAGAUCGCUUGCAUCAACGCGCCUAAAUCUACAGUGGUUAGUGGCGCCCUAUCAGAAAUAACGGUUUUGCAAAAGGAUCUAGAGGAACAAGGGUCUCGGUCCACUCUACUUCAUGUGCCAUUCGGGUUCCACUCGAAGCAAAUGGACCCAAUCCUAGACUCGUACGAGUCGUGCGUGAAGGGAGUUGGCAUUUCGUCCCCUCGGAUUCCAAUAGCAUCCACUCUGCUUGGUGAUAUUGUUCAGGACAAGUCAAUUAUUUCCCCUAUCUACUUUCGACGUCAGACUCGGGAGUCUGUUGAUUUUGUUGGGGCUCUACGAGCGGCACAAAACUCUAAUUUCCUGCGAGAAGACACGCUCUUCCUCGAGAUGGGGCCCGACCCAGUUUGUAUGUCAUUGGUUCGCUCAAUUCUAGGAACAAGUGCAACGCCUAGGCUUUUACCUGGGCUUCGGCGAAACGAAGACAAUUGGUUGACCACUUCAAAUACACUGGCAGCAGUUCAUCAGGCCGGUGUGCCUAUCAACUGGCCAGAAUACCACCGGGAGUUUAAAAACUGUCUAUCACUGCUGGAUUUGCCGACGUACGUGUUUGAUGAAAAGGAUUUUUGGACAUCAUACCCGGACCCCGAACAGCUAGGUGGCGUUGAGCAAAUGCAUUUGUCGUUACCGCCGGUUCCUGCAGUACAGGGCUUCCCGACAACCACUCUUCAACGAGUGACAAAUGAAGUAUUCGAAGAUGGCUCGAUCUCUGUCACUUUUGAGUCUAGCACAUCUGACCCUCACCUGUUUGAAGCAAUCAUGGGCCAUGCCGUGGCCGGAGUCACAAUUUGCUCCAGUAGCAUCUUCAGCGAUAUGGCAUUAUCGGCCGCUCGGUAUGCGUGCGAACGACAGCAGCCAGGGAAGUGGCCGGAAGGGCUACUUACAAUCAGCAGUCUAGAUAUCCACCGGCCAAUAGUAGUCUUUGAUCAAAAGGACUCACUUACCAUUCAGAUCAAUGCCAAGAUCGAUUCAAAGACCGAAGAGGCUCACAUCAGCUUUCAAAAUCAGGUUGGGAACACUACCGUGGAUAUAGGGUCCUGUAAGAUCACGUUUCACGAAGCUGCGAGUUGGAAAGAGAACAUCUCGCGUACCCUUUAUCUUAUCUCCUCCCGAAUCGAAGCACUGAAAGCAUCAACUAUCACUGGUCAAGGACAUCGUUUCUUGCGGCCUGUAGUCUACCGACUAUUUUCCAAUGUCGUCAAUUAUGGGGAACGUUUCCAAGGUCUAGACGAGGUCUUCUUGGAUUCCGAGUGUCACGAUGUCGUCGGCCAAGUUAGACUGCCUGACUUGCCAUCCAGUGGAUCAGGUCAUUUCCUAUACAACCCGUAUUUACUCGAUGCUGUUGUACAUGUUGCCGGCUUCCUCGUCAACUGCGGUUUGAAAUAUACCGAGGAUAUCGGGUUCCUUGCUUCCAGCUUUGAUUCGUGGCACAUCUUGAAGCCCAUCUUACCCAAUAGAACUUACACCAGCUAUUCUCACAUGGAGGAGUCGGUUAACGGAUCCUCAUUGUUAGGUGAUGUUUACGUCUUUGAUGGAAAAGAUCUCGUCUGCGCUCUAACCGGACUCCGCUUUCAAAAGAUGAAAAAGGUUGCCCUCACAAAAAUUUUACAGUCGGCAGCUCCUCGAUCUUCUUCGAGAAUCGGUGCAGGAGACUUCCAAUCUGACCUUCUUGGAUCCAGGGCGAAGCAGUCCUCAAGAAAUAGGGAGUGGACUAAGGAUGUUGACUUCGAUACACCUCCCUCGUCAGUUGAACCGUCCGCUUUCACCACUCCCAAACCCUCAUCAUCCGUUACCUCUGUCACAGGUUAUGAUGAUCCUGCGAUUGGAGAUAGGUUUCUUGCCGCUGUUGCAGCAGAGGUGGGCUGCGAAAUCUCUGAAUUGGAACCCGAUACAGUGUUUGGGGAUCUAGGAGUAGACUCGUUGAUGGCAAUUACAGUUAUUGCGUCAAUCAGAAACGAUACCGGAGUCGAGUUACCAGGGUCGUUUUUUCUCGACAACCCGACUGUUGCAGAAGCUACGAAAGCACUCGGCGGGGAUAGUGACACUGUCGUCUCUACGCCUCAGUCUUCUCCUCCUAAUAUUUCCCCCGAUAUCCGUGGUGAAGAAGUCAAGGAUGGGAUAACUGAAUCUUCUGUCACUUUUGAGCCGCUAGAAAUUCCACAAUCGAUCACCACAGGCGGCACAGUCGAAAAGGUGACGGAAUCACCAUCAUUGAUAGAUAAACCAGCUGCCACCCUGUUGUUACAGGGCUCAAUGUCUUCAACCGAGCCACCACUUUUUCUCUUAGCUGACGGUACCGGUUCUGUUUCCUCCUACAUACAGCUUCCUGCCAUUUCAGGGGGUCGUCGAAUCUAUGGGGUGGAGUCUCCGUUUGUUCGCGAUCCGUCGGCCUUCGUAAAUAUUAGCGUGGGCGAUUUAGCAGAUGCUUUUGUGGCUUCUAUACGCAAAGUCCAACCUGUCGGUCCAUAUAUUAUUGGAGGGUCCUCGCUAGGUGCCAUCCAUGCCUUUGAGGUUAGCAGACGUUUGCUCAACGCUGGCGAGACAGUCUCUAAGUUGCUUCUCAUGGCAAAUGCGGCACCAGUUUCUGCACCAGCUGAUCUUAGAGACAUGGAAAUUUCUACUGAAAUGGUUGAGAGAAGUGGAAUUUCUUAUGGCACCGGUCGGAAAAAGUCAGUUAUCAUAUCUGCAAGACAAAAACAACACCUCACGGCUUCUAUUCGGUCUCAUGUACUAUAUGAGCCCCAGGGAUUCACUAAAACCCAUCGACCAGUACAUACAACGUUAGUUAUUGCUUCAAAGGGUCUUGGAGAUGGAUCGAACUUGAUAGAGUCUCCAUUAACUUCCUGGAUACAUGCUAGUUGGGGCUCGUCGGAGACUCUAGGCUGGGAUGGCCUAGUCGGCGAGAUUCACUCCAUUUACCACCAAGAUGUAGACAGCUUCUCAUUACUGAAGUAUCCUAACAUUACCAAGUUAGGCCAGAUCAUCAAUGACCGCGUUUGUCAGUGA